UGGAGGGUGUCACACUCAGGUUUUUGUUGAUUUAAAAAAGGCUGCGAUGCGCGAACGUGUGUUCUGAAUGGUGUACAGCUGAGAGCCGCUUCCUCUGAGUACGUCGUGUGUCAUCGCGAGACCUGAGCUCAAGGUGAGCGCGCGUUAAUCUGCCUGCUUUCCCGAUCGACGUGUUCCACGUCGCCGGUAUUCAUAACCAACUUUGACAGCUAGACAGGGCAUGACAGUACAUGGGAUUUUCACAGAGAGGUAUGACGAUGAUUUCACUAACCUUACUCAUAAUUGCCACCUUCGUCGGCAUCAGCGAAGAACUUGCCGUUAUGAGCAUCGACCUUGGUAGUGAAUGGAUGAAGGUCGCUAUCGUCUCGCCUGGUGUUCCUAUGGAAAUAGCUUUAAACAAGGAGUCAAAGAGGAAAACACCAGUCACAAUUGCGUUCAGGGAUGGAGAGAGAUCAUUCGGCGAAGAUGCUCAAGUAAUCGGAGUGAGAUUUCCUCAGAAUACUUUCUUCUACAUUCUAGACCUUCUAGGAAAACCUAUAGACAAUCCGUUAGUACAACUCUACCAAGAAAGAUUUCCUUACUACAAUAUCAUUGCUGAUAACGAGAGGAAAACCAUAGCGUUUAGAUUAAAUGAAAACACGACAUACACUCCGGAAGAGUUACUUGCACAGAUAUUGCACAAAGGCAAAGAAAUCGCGGAAGCUUCCGCCCAUCAGAAGAUCAACGAAGCCGUUAUCACUGUGCCGGGAUUCUUCAAUCAGGCUGAGAGGAAAGCACUGAUUCAAGCGGCAGAACUCGCUGGUUUAAAAGUAUUACAGCUCAUAAACGAUUACAUGGCGGUAGCUUUGAACUACGGUGUAUUCGGUAGAACUGAGAUAAACGAUUCUGCUCAUUACAUUAUGUUUUAUGACAUGGGAGCUAGCAGCACUACUGCGACGGUUGUUAGUUACCAAAACAUAAAAACGAAAGAGAGGGGUUUCCUCGAGACCAAUCCUUACGUUACCGUGUUGGGUGUGGGAUACGAUCGUACGCUUGGAGGAUUAGAAAUGCAAAUCAGAUUGCAGCAUUAUUUAGCACAAGAAUUUGACGCUCUUAAAAAGACGCCAAACUCUGUGUUCAAAAGCCCAAGAGCGAUGGCAAAACUUUUUAAGGAAGCUGGACGCGUCAAAACUGUACUUAGUGCCAAUGCAGACCAUUUUGCCCAGAUAGAAAGUUUGAUAGAUGAUAUUGACUUCAAGUUGCAAGUCUCAAGAGAGAAGUUGGAAGAGAUAUGCGCCGAUUUAUUCGAACGCGUAGCAAAUCCUGUGAAGAUUGCAUUAGAAAUUUCAGGUUUGACAAUGGAUAUUAUAUCACAUGUUGUAUUGGUGGGAGCAGGUACUCGUAUGCCAAAGGUACAAGAAACACUGUCCCAAUAUGUAAAAACAGAAUUAUCUAAAAAUGUAAAUACGGAUGAAGCAGCUGCUUUAGGGGCUGCGUAUAAAGCAGCUGAUCUUAGUCAGGGUUUCAAGGUCAAGAAGUUUGUCACAAAAGAUGCUUUGUUGUUCCCAAUUCAGAUUACAUUUGAUAGAACUGUUGAUAAUAAAGUUAGACAGGUAAAGAAGACAUUAUUUGGCAGAAUGAAUCCGUUUCCACAAAAGAAAAUUAUUACAUUUAAUAAACACACGAGUGAUUUCGAUUUUCAUGUGAAUUACGCUGAGUUAGAUUAUUUGCCUGCUAGUGAGGUAAUUUCUAUUGGUGAUUUACAUAUAUCUACUAUAUCGCUGAGUGGUGUAGCCGAAGCUUUAGAAAAGCAUGCAAACGAAGGCGCCGAGAGUAAAGGAAUCAAAGUGCACUUUAAUGUAGACGAUAGUGGCGUACUGAAUUUAUUGACUGUAGAAUUAGUUUCCGAAAAAUCGAGUACUGUUGAGGAAGAAGAGGGUACUUUCUCAAUACUUGGCUCAACUAUUAGUAAAUUCUUUGCAGGUUCUUCUUUAGAAAAAGAGACAGUGGAAAAGACAGAAGAACCACCAAAGGAGGAUAUAAAACCAGUGCAUGAAGAGCCAGAAUUUUCGGAGUCAACAAAAGAGACAGAUGAGAAGGAAAAAAAGAAAAGCGAAACAAAAGUGAACGAAGACAAGACUGCAAAUAAAACCGAAAAGGCGGACAAAGAGAAAAAGGCUACAAUCGUUCAAAUUAAGGAACCUAUCAGUUCGAAAGAGGUUAAAUUAGGAUCACAAAUCUUGUCCGGUGAAAAACUUACAGAAUCUCGAGACAAGAUACAUCGUUUAGAUGUGCAUGAUUCAGAGAAAACGCGUCGUGAGACUGCGUUGAACAACCUCGAGUCAUACGUAAUCGACGCGCAGCAGAAAUUUGAUUCUAAGGAAUUUUUAGACGCGGCUACCGAUAAGGAGGUCGAGGACGUUCGAAAAGCGUGCGCCGAGAUCUCUGAGUGGUUGUAUGAGGAUGGAUUCACCGCAACUGCAGAAGUAUACGAAGAGAAGUUAAUGGAACUUCAAAAGUUAACCAACGAUGUUUAUGAGAGGGUUUCCGAGUACCGAGAUCGACCGGAAGUCUUAAACGGCAUGGUUUCGCUACUUAAAGGCAGUAAAUUGUUUCUAGAGAAUAUGCGCAAUUUGAGUCUAACGAGUGAAGUUAUUACGCCUAUUGAAAUCGAGACGUUAGAAAAAGCGAUCAACGAGACACAGGAUUAUUAUGAUACGAUUUCGAAAUAUUUCGUGGAUGCACCGCUAAACAUACCAGUAAAAUACAAGAUCCGCCAAAUCGUGAAUAAAAUGGAUCUACUCGAUAGAGAAAUUAAAUAUCUUCUAAAUAAGGUAAAGAUUUGGAAACCGAAACAAGAAACUACGGCGAAUCAAACGACAGAUAGUAAGGCUGAGCGUACGAUAGAGGAAAACGAAGACUCCGUAACCGAUUCUGAUACUAAAAGUGACAAAUUUGCGGAAGAACAACUAUCCGACAAUGUAGAAGAGCAGCAACAAGAACCAAUAUCAGAAACAAUGGACACUACAGAGGAUCCGUUAAAUCUACCGAAAAGCGAGAAACCGUUGACUAAAGAGAAAGUUCAGGAAGAAACGCAUCAUGAACUAUAAGAAAUAAUUUAUUUAAAAGUGUGAUUCUCUGUUGUUGAUCGACGAUACUCGUCGAUUUAGGCAAUUUUUCUGUAGAUUACUUUUGUCAGGUGCAUUUAAGAUCGAAGGGGGAAUUCUCUUGUGUGUUGCCGAUGAAUAAGUUAUUCUGCGAAUGUGAAUAUAAGCUGUUCCAUUUAAUUAAUAAUAUGCAACUAUUUAUACAAGGAUAUGGUUUUCAUCAUUCAUUCAUUACAUAAAUAGUUUUGCAAAGUUGUUGAUCUUAUUAAAAAUGAUUAUGUUACACAAGUGCCAAGAAAUAGCAGAGAUUCUGACGAUUUAUUUGAUAACGGAUACGCAUAAAAUA